GUGAGCUUGCUUUCGUUUGUUGCUUCGGUUGUUUCGGAUUCUUUAUCGGGUAGGUACCUACUAGGGCGCUGUACACUGUCCUGCCCCUUUUCGGCGAACUGGCUCGUUCGGUGGAACGGAGCCGGCGUAAGUGAGCGAGGAAUCCAUUAGUGCCUAUCAGACAACAGCCCACGUAGCACAAGAAAGAAUACUUUUCUUGAUUAAUCACCGAAAUGUGCUAGAAAACAACCGAAAAACGGGAUUUCAGUCUACGCGAAGAAGUAUUGCAUAACGGAAACUCCGUCGAAGAAGGUACAGCGAAGAGUGAUUACGGCUUCAGGUUGAAAAGCGAAAGCCAAAAAACCCAAUUCAAUGAGUGGCUAAGAAAUUCGUAAAUAAGUCAGUGAUUAAGUGCACGGUUGGAAUACCGUGGGGCCACCGAAACAGAGUGAAAAAAAGUCAAUACUAAAUAUCUCCAUUCAGUGUGAGUGAUCGUUCCUGAUUGAACCUCGUGAAUCAACGGUAACAAAGUUGCCGAUCGAUAGCUACCGGCCGAAGUCUUCCUUCGUGAGUGUGAUUAAUUGAAAGGUGACAAGUCGACUAAAUCGGUGUUCCCCUGAAUAUUUAUUCCAAAAAAGACCCAAUCCCCAGACCCAAGACCCGGUGUGGAAUUGGUGCUUUGCUGACUCACGAUCGCCCGUGUCUGGUGACGUUCUCCGAUCAAGGAAAUCGAAAAGAAGUUGUUCCAUCGUUUUAGUGCGUGGGAUUCCCCUCUCGGUGGUGGUGCUCUGCCGUGGAAAAUACGUCAGUCAAUUCGCGAGAAGAGGCGUCAUCGCGGCACACAGCAGAGGGGACGCGCAAACGUAAACAUACACAGCAUCGCCAUUAACAACUCGGCUGAGAUCAGUCAGGCAGCGAGCAGCGGUGGGAAACCGGACAGCGAUCAACGGGAACGUGUGCGAUAGACAGUUGCUCUUCCUCAGGUUCCCCCAGUUUUUUUUUUCGAAGCAGCAGCGGCGGCCGGCGCGUUCAACUCGAACAGAUUCUGCGACGAAGUUCGACCAGGAUAACUAAGGAUAAAGAUGACGUCAUCCGGUGUGACGUCGUCGUCUUCUGGUUGGCGAUUGCGAUGGAGUAACGUGGCGUGGGUGCUGCUGCUUGUGGCGUUGGUCGAUUACAGUUCUGCUACGGUGUCUUUCGGCUGCCCACGUGGCUGCGAGUGCAAUGAGUUGAACAUAAGCUGUUCGACGAUUGCUGGUUUGAGAGGGAUCGAGAAGAACCAGCCGAUACAACGAUUGGUGCUCAGUGGGCUGGAGCUCACCAAGAUCCCAGCUCAGUUGGAGAACAUCAAAAAUAUUACGGAGUUGGAUCUGUCGAACAACCACCUGUCGGAGGUGAAUCAUCUGAGCAAGAGGGUGAGGAAAUUGAACCUUUCGCAGAAUAGAAUUACAUCCGGGAAACUGUCGAAAAUUCCGUUGUACGUUGAGGUGUUGAACUUGACGCACAAUGACAUCACUUAUUUGCCGCUGCAUCUCAUGAAACUGAAAAAGCUGCGACACAUCGAGCUGGCUAAUAAUCCGAUCAACUGCACCUGUGAAACUUUGCACAUUAGGAAUUGGCUAACAACGAGGCACGUUUGGUCCGAUGAGCACAUCAAGUGCAGUGCUCCGUUUGAGUUUAAAGGGCGGCCCUGGCUGCAGGUGAAGCAGUCCGAUGUGUGCCACAAGAUCGACGGACGAUCAGGUGGGGGAUAUAACUGGGACGAUUAUGAAGACGAAAACGAGUUGAUGCUGGGAGAUCAGGCUGAUCUUGGGGAUGAAGAAGCCGAAGAUGAUGACGAUUUUAAGAAGGAAUACUUCCCGGUUGGUGAAAAGGUAAAGCGCAACGAACCACCGAUUGAGGUUCAGAACGACGAGGCUGUGGAUGAAGGAUCUGGCAACGGAUCGUCACCCGAUAUAGGAGAAGAGGAAAAGGCUGAAGCGGAGAAGGUCGCAAAUCUGACCGAAGAUCUCUCGAGUGAUGGGAAAAGUGAAACGGAUGCUGCCGUGCGAGUUUCACAGAUGCAAAAUGCCGUUGAGAAGGAGGAGGAGGAUGAUGAAGGUAGUGGAGGCAGUGGAGGAGGCAUACUCGUGUUCAGUGAUCCUAAGGUAGUCCACGAAGAUCCCAAUGAAGUAGCAACUGAGGAUGGUUUUGUUGAGGAAAGUGAUGAGAAACCUAUAACAGCACCUGAUGGGUUGGGAAUCUUUGGCAGGGGACUGGAUGAUACUACGACUGCUUCUUCAACUCACGGUACGGAAGAUUCGGGACCAUUCAGUGGAAGAGUACAGUUAGGUAACACACAUGGUACGGAAAGUCCUGUAGCGGGUGGUGAAGCACAUCCAAUUGACCCUACACGAGCAGACUCCGACAGCAGAAACACCUAUGUGCUGCUAGCCAUUCUUGGUAUCAUUCUCGUAGUCUUGAUCGUUGUAGUAAUCUGUAAACGAAAGCCAGAUUCUAGGAAUCGCCGUGGCAAAAACGACAUCGAAGGUCGCGGCCGAGAAAUGCAAGACAUGGACAAAAAUCUCCUGGGCAAGCCGAUCGAAAAGAACGGCCAUAAUCCUCCAGAACGUGUCCCACUCAUGAACGAUCGUAACAAUUCAGAUUUCGCCAAAGUAUUUGCUGACAAGCCGAACAACUAUCCACCUGCAAAACCAGAACGAACAUCACUAGAGAAGCCUUCCAUGGACACCUUUAAACCAAUUCCAGCCGAUAGGAAUAAGAGCAAAGAAAGCCUCUACGAGAACAUCCCGCAGGACAACAACAACACUGUUCCACUACAAAAUGGAAACGGUUCGCUCCGCAAUGGGGAUCCUGCCGGGGUUCAUCACCCCAAUCACCAAGUGCCAUCACAGAACGAUGACGUGUUCCUGCCACCGAACGGCAACCCGGCCAACCUCCUGCCGGAACCGAUCGAUUCACCGAAACCCAAACGAUACAGUCCCAUCUAUGUGCCCACAUCGCCCAAAUCCGAUCGAUACAGUCCGGUAUACUCGCCGGAAACCGGACGGGUCAAGAUCAAGCUCACCGAAACCCCGAAACCUAAAACUCCAAUCUUGGUCACGCGAAGUCGAUCGAGAGCCGGAGACUACAUUACGACGACGACGGAUCAGAAGUUCUGAUCCCGCUGGCAACACUGGAGACGAUCAUCCUCCUAGCAUCAGUUACUAAACAGGGGCAGGAGGAUCGACCCGGAUGUGAACGCCGGAAGUCCUCCCUCUCAAGGACGACAGACAGCGCUAAUCCGGACCACCAGUGUGAGUGCUUUACCAACGAAAUUCGAUGCUAAUCGCACCCAAGCCGUUUUCGCACCUGCCCUGGGGUUACCAGAUAAUCCCUCAACAGAUAAGCAAAAAAACAACGGCUGAAUGAGUAUAUCGAGUCAAACCAAUUGAGUGUAUGUGUGUUUGUGGGUGUAUGUGCAUGUACAGAUUGAUAAAAAACGGUCGGAGCUGGAAUUAAGUUUGUUUUUAUUCCAUUUGCGUAAACGUAGCUGCGUGUGUCAUGUGCGCUCAAAGAAAAGAAAAAAACGGCAAAACAAACGGUAACCAAGUAGUUAGUGUUCUUUCGGUUCUAAAGAAUAAAACAAAACAAAAUUUGCUAAUAGAAUAUUCAACAAAUUUUCGCAAUCUAGAGACUAAAUUUUAGUUAAUUUUCCUACCGUAAACCAUACUAGUUUAGAUUAUUUAAUCCUAAAGCUAUCAUCAAUGUGCACAACAAAAACAACAACAAUCAAAACUCAACGAAUCGGAAUCGAAACAUUCAAUUCGAAAUCGAAAAUAAGAAGCAAAUCAUUCGAAACCAGAAAUACAUAUUUGAAAUUGGAAGUAAGUUCCCAAAUUUUAUGAAAUUUAACCAACUUUAGAUGGUGCCAAAAAACAUAUUGAAAAUGUUAAAUUCACGAAUAAAGUUAUAAGCAUAUAUUUUCUCCAUGUUAAAAACCCACAAGUGCAUCAUGCAUGCGAAAUGCGCUGAAAAAGAAGAAACCCUGGACCUAAAAUAGCCAAGGGUUCAAAUUGUGAUAGUCAAACCAAGUCCAUUUUGCACAAUCUGCGCAGUAGUUGCACACACGAACAAUAACGGAAGUUAACUCCAUAAUACAAUUAAUUUAAAAAAAAAAUAGUUAAACAAAAUAAUGGCUAAAAGAAAGGUUAAAAUUAUUCUUCCAGAACAUGUUCCUCCCGAUUUUCUAAACCAACAACCCGUAGCAAGAACAAACAAGCGGUUCGUUGUUGUGAACGGAAUAUAACUACUACUAUUUGUAAAUAUUGAAAAACAAACCGUGAUCAUACAUUUCCUAACAGUUUUUUUUCGAGCCAGCCUUUCAAGAGUGUGAGAGCCAAGCAAGUGAAAUUUUGAAACCAGUUGCCUUAUAGAAAAAUUUCUUCUUCGUUCUUUAGUGGUAAAGAUUAUAGUAAAAGUGAAUUAACGGUAGACAGUAGUAACUGAAAAUGUUGCUACCAGCUAGUUAACAUACAGGUCCCUCAGAUGUCGCGGAUAUGCAAUCGAUUUAUAUAUUUUUGAAGGUAUCCAAUCAAGGUUGUUAAGUUUUACUAAUUUAACGAAACGAAGAAUAGAGAAAAACGUACCGUUACGAGUGUGUAUUGAAGAUAUAUAAACGCUACGUGUAAAUGUAUUUAAAUUUUAAAUAAAUUAUACUAGAAAUGUACAUAAACCAGGAA